UUUCAAAUCGUAAUCAAGUUUUAUUCGAUUAUAAAAAGUGAUACGAAAAAUGAAGUUGCAGGAGCUACGACCGGAUCGUUCCCUGUUGAAGACGAAUUUCGACGGAUACAAACUUUCACUGGAGCCGAUUCCCGUGCUUCGAACGGAGCUCACAGAGCAAACCCAACCGGAUCGGGUACGGCCAAGCGAGCAGCAGUUUUCCUGUUUGCAUGCGCAACUGUUCGGACUGCAGAAUCAUUUGGUUCGUGACCCGUGGGCUGCAGGAAAUUGCUACUUUGUAGAUCGAACUUGGAUCAUUCGGCAAAUCCGGUACGAUGAAAGCGACGGUCGGCUAAAGCCACUGUGUUCGGCCUUUAAGCUCGGUCGAACGCGAGGUGCUCGACGCGAAGGGGAUUACAACUGUACGUUGGCAUUUCUGUCCGAAAAGUAUGCAUUGAUUGCUGAUGGGCAGGGUGGUCUUACGUUGGUGGAUACCGGCGAUCGGCAGCGGGGUGGCGAAUGGAAGGCAAAGUUUAGUUUUCCGGAAAUAGAGGAGCUAAAGGAAGGAUUCAUUCUGCUUGAUGGACGUUUCGAAAUUAUCGACGGCGAAAGGCAAAUUCAUGCGGUUGGUUAUUGUGUGAACCAAUUGCAAGAUGAAGCCGGUUUUGAGUCUAAUAUCUGCUGGUUGAAAGCGGUGCAGCAAGACCCCAAUCAAGGAUGGGUGUAUCACUCGAUUCGUGUACUCAAAGGUCGAGGUUUUGCCAACUACUGUGCGUUGGAACCGAAAGGUACAGCAUUGGUGUUGGCAAGCGAUAAACCUUUUCAAUUUGUAAUAGAUUCAGAAAAUCCAAUUCAGUCCAAGGAAGAACCAACUCCGACAGAGAAUCAGGAACAGAAAGACGAUGUUCAGUCUUUUUGUUAUGAGUGGACUCAAACUUUGGAUGAUAUUACCGUUAAAAUUCCGAAAGAAGAAGAAAUAAAUUAUCGCAUAGCGAAUGAGAAUGGAAUCCUCAAGGUUGUCAGAGAUGAAAACACGAUUUUAGAUGGAGAAGCCUUUUUCGCGGAUAUCGAUCCUGAACUAACUUCUUGGACCAAUGAAAAAAGUGAAUUACAAAUCACACUUUUUAAAAAGAAUUCUGGAAGUAUGUGGCCUUUUCUGAUCCCUGGUGGUCCGGAAGAAACUCGCGAUGGGCUUGCCAGUGACGAAGAUUUACCACCGGUUUCGAACUUAACAUCCCAGCUGGAAGAAUGUGAUUUUGGAACCGAAGGACAAGAACAAGGAAUGGAAUACACCAUUGAACGUUUGGAUGCGAGCAGUCACGAGUGCAGCCACAAAGCAUUCCUCGGGAAUAAUGCUCCACUGUUUGCCGUUAGCUUACGACCUGGCUUUCCAAUGGCGCUAGCUUUGCGACAAGAUGUCGAUGGUUGUCUUUGGCUGCAGCAACAUGUUGGUGGGCCAGAUUGGUCACUGCGCCACGAGGGAACACUACAUGCUUUCGGUUAUGUUCAGGCAUCGAAAAGACAGCGAAAGUUUAUGACCUGUUCUCCGGAUCUGGGCUAUGCUGUGAUUUGUGAGGCUGAGCGACAUGUUUUUAUCUACAAAACCAACUAUGGGGGUACUGCUAACGGGCUGCGGAAUCGUGUCGGACCACAAGUCAGUAUUGGGCAGCAAAAGCUGGUAACGCUUGAAGGAAGUGGAGAAAUUCUCGGCAUUUGUUGCGAAAAUGAUUAUACCAUUCUGUUGACAGAAACACACAUUUUGGUUUUACAAUUGCGAAUCGAAGAAUAAA